GCCAGAGGAUCCGGAGUCGGCUUCGAAUGCGAAGCCUACCGAGCAAAGCUCAAAGGUGCUUUGCCAUGACUACGAAAAGUCUGGUGCUGCAUUCCUGGUGCUGGUCAUGGGAGAGUUGGGUCUGAAGGAUGCAGAGAUCCGCGAAGCGGUGCUUCCUCACCUUCAUCAGGGAAGGCCAAGGGCAGCCAGCGUGAGCUUGCGGCAAAUGGUUUCGCCGGAGUGUGUCCAAAGUGUUGGGUGCAUGAGGCUGGCUGCCAUCUCCGCCACCUCGGUUCCUGGGCAACCUCCGUCGAAGCGUCAACGAGUUGUUGGCGUGGAUGCCAGAGAGGUACCAGGCCGUGUGCGCAUUCGCCAAAUUCUCCUGCGUGCCUGGCGUGGGGGUACAACACCGAAGCCUGAGGAUCCGGUGCGGCGAAAGCAGAUCCAGCGCACGGGCGAGGAGGCUGAAGGCCAGCUGCUGCAGGUGUUGGAUGAGCUUCGUCAAUCCAAAGAUGGUGCCGGGCUGUCCAAGAGUUUCACACUGCUUUGCCGAUCUUCCUCGGAAUGCCAAUCAUCUUUGCAGGGUGGCGAGCUUGCGGGCGACCUGGGUUGGCUUGACAAAGACAAAGGUGUUGAUUCACAAAGAGCCAACGGCAAGAUGGUGCGGCCAGCAGUGCCAGCGCCGGUUUUGCGAGCGGCCUUUGACUUGGAGGUGGGCGAGAUGAGCGAUCUCGUGUCUUCUGAGGUUGGGGUGCACCUACUGCUUCGCUCAGCAUGAGCGGGAAGUUCGAUCCGAAAUUGUAAGGCCACAUCACAAGUCAUGUUGUGGUCGAACUCAUUCCGAACAAUGCAAGAGCAUGCUGAGAGCAUGCUGCAGUGUGAACAGAGACGUCUGAGCUCGACGAGUGCAGCAUCUGCUGCUGGCUUUCUGAAAUCCAAAGUCUGGAAAA